GCGGCGGCGGCGCUUCUCCGAGCUCCGGGUCCUGGGCUUGCCUCCGCGGGGAGAACGCGCUCUCCGCCCAGCCUAGCCGCGGCGCUCCGGACGCCUCCCACCGGUACCAUGCGCGGCCGCGAGGUCUCGCUCGUCCUGCUGGCACUGGUCCUCUGCCCGGCGCCCCGGGGAUCGGCCGCCCCGGUGACGGCUGGCAGAGCAGGCGCGCUGGCCAAGAUGUACACGCGCGGCAACCACUGGGCGGUCGGACACUUAAUGGGAAAAAAGAGUGUGGCAGAGUCCCCACAACUUCAUGAGGAGGAGAGCCUGAAGGAACAGCUGAGGGAGUACGUUCAGUGGGAAGAAGCGACAAGGAACUUGCUAAGCCUCCUACAAGCAAAGGUGGCCCAAGGCCACCAGCCGCCUCGAUGGGAGCCCCUGAGCAUUCACCAGCCUGCCUGGGAUUCCGAGGACGUCGGCAACUUCAAAGACGCAGGUUCUCAGCAUGAAGGAGGGAACCCCCAGCUGUACUGACAAUGACAAUAGCCGCCUCCCUCAAAGAAGCAAAACAAAACCCUUAAGGAACUGCGUUCUACGGGCAUCCAUUCU